CGCAUAGAGCGGACCGUAACAUCGGUCCGGAAUUGUUCUCACUCUUACACUAGGGGUAUAGUGUGAGGAUCGACUUCUCAACAAAUUUAGACGGUCAAUAUUGGCGCAUCGGCUUUGAUUGUUUUUGAUCGUGAAACAGAUAACGAUGACAGAAAACCGAGGGCAGUUAGAAAGCAUACUAGGAGCAUUACUUGCGCGCCGAAAAUCCCAAAGCAAGCUCAGGAUGUUGAACAUUGCUCCUGGCAGCAGCGUCGACUUCUCUUCCAAUGGAUAUCUAUCAUUAUCAACAAAUCUAGCAGUGCAGAAGGCAUUGUUGUGUCGUCUAGAAGCCCAGGUGGCAGAAUCGAAUAGUCCUGGAUCUCGCAAGUCUAUCCUUGGCUCGGGAGGUUCUCGUCUCCUCGAUGGAAAUUCCUCUUUCGCGGAGGCACUUGAAGCGAAAAUUGCCAAUUUUCAUAAAUCAGAAGCUGCGCUUUUAUUUACUUCUGCGUAUGACGCUAAUACCGGAUUGCUCGGCUGCGUUCCGCAGCCUGGAGAUGUGAUCGUUUACGAUGAGCUCAUACAUGCGAGCGUUCAUGAAGGGAUGCGUAUAAGUCGCGCUGCGAAAAGAAUUCCUUUCGCGCACGAUUCCGUCUCCGCAACCCACUACUCCCAGAAUGCUGGUAAUAGAAUAAAGAAGCCGAGCCGCCAGAGCAAGAAUCAGGGACUAGACGAUGUCCUCAAGCAACUUUCCAGCGAUGAACGUGUCGCCAGGGGUAAAACAAAUGUUUUUAUCUGUGUUGAGGGUUUAUACAGCAUGGACGGCGAUAUCCCAUUGUUAGAAGAUAUUGUUAAGGCCGUCGAUCGGCGCUUACCGUCUAGAAAUGGAUACAUCAUAGUAGACGAAGCGCAUUCAGUAGGCACGUUUGGCGACAAGGGCCGAGGGUUAGUGUGUCAGCUAGGCUUGGAAGAUCGAGUGUGGGCGAGAGUGAUUGGGUUUGGGAAAGCAUUGGGUUGUGCAGGAGGUGUUGUCCUCUGCUCAUCCACCACAAGGUCAUAUUUAAUAAACUACGCCAGAAGUCUUAUCUACACUACAUCGAUGGCCUUUACGUCGCUGGCUAGUAUAGAUGUAGUUUACGAUUAUCUCAUCAGUGGCCAGUCCGACCUGUCACGCCACAAUCUAGAGGCGCUUAUACGAUACACACAUCGCCAACUUUACGCUCUCUACACUCAUUUACAUCCCGACCGGUCCAUACUUCACGUUGAUGAGACGCCUUUCAGAUCGCCUAUCAUACCAAUUUUCACUAUAUACCCUCGUGAUCUUGCGGGACAUUGCCAGCGAUCUGGUUUCAUGGUCCGACCUAUUGUGGCUCCGACCGUACCCGCUGGGAGUGAACGAGUAAGAGUCUGUUUACAUUCUGCUAAUACAAAGGAGCAGGUUGAUGGUCUGUGUACCGCAAUUGAAGUGUGGGUGCAGAGUCGAGUGGUCGCGACAUCCGAGACCCGUGAUAAUUAUUUGGAGGCUACCAAUGUAUUGACCAAGCAAGACAAGCCGCAGCUCUAGCGUCUAGUCUAGGAUGUACGGCAGCUAACUAUGUACUGGAAGCUGGUGGAGAUUUGUCAAAACUCUUCAUGGGUUCUAAUCCCCAUCGUUCAAACAAGACUUUAUCCUCAUCCCAACCAUUGCAUUCCGUCGUCAACAUCUUUUCACCUGU